GCGACGGAUAGCGAUUGUCUAGUCAAUAAUUCAGUAUGCAAAAACAAUAAAUGCCAGUGUAGGCCAGAAUACGUCGCUAUCAAUAGAAAUCAAUGCAUACGACCUGAAUUAGGAAUGUUCUGCACUAAUGAUGAUGAUUGUAAUUUCUACAUCAACCACACAAUAUGUUCCCCAGAAAAUAAGUGUGCUUGCUGUCAAAAUAGUUAUGACUACAACAGAACCCUACAUUCACUUCUCUUCAACAUGAGCUUCCUAAAUUAUGAAGAGUGUAAAGCCGAACAAGCUUUCUGUCUUGAUAAUAAGUGUUAUCACCAUUCUAUCGCAGGUUUCUCAGAUAAAUCCUGCUCUGAAGACAAAGAUUGUUUUGGUUCAUUGUUAGGAGAGCUUUGUGACAUCAAUGAGGACUGCUUUCCUUACAAUUCAGUCUGUUCAGAUAAAAAAUGCAAGUGUGCAAUGAACUCGAGGAACAAUUCGAUCCUCUCUUGCUUACCAAGUAUGUUAAACCAGAAUUGUUGGAUCAAUAGUCACUGCAGUGUAAUACCGAAUGCUGAAUGUUCGGAUUAUCAGUGUACAUGCAAAGCAGGUUUCGUUGAAUCUAAUGCAACGACUUGCUCACCUCUUUUAGGAACUCAGUGUACGAAAAGUGACGAAUGUGCCGUCUCACAUUCGAUAUGUUCCGAUGGACAGUGCGAGUGUUCUGAUUUUUUUAUACCACAAUCAAAUGACCAGUGUUGGUCCAGUAAGUUAUCAAUCACUUGAGCAAGAUCUACAAUUCAAGCUCUUAAAAUUUUUUUU